UGUGUUAAGGCUCUGUUUAUAGGAUGUGGAAUUCUCACUGGAUGCUAUUUCUGCUGCUGUUGUUGCUGUUGUUUCAAUUUCUGCUGUGGCAAGUGCAAACCUAAGGCACCCGAUGAGACUGGAGACUAUCAUAACUUUCAGGAUGGACAUCAAGAAGGUGCUGCUAGUCAGCAGCCCAUUAUAGUUGAACAGCCUGGGAGCUUUACAAAGAAUGACGACAGCAGUGAUGAAGAGGAAGCAGAGGAAGUCAGAAAGGCGCAAAGAGAUGCGAUAUCUGUUCAACCUAAACCAAGGAAGGUCAGUGAAACAACAGGCCCUAAUCCAUCGGACAAGCCCCCUGUUUACACCGCAGCAAUACAGCAGGGUGGAACACCGCAACACGGUUCAACAGGAAAGGCUGCCAUACCUCUUCAAAGCCAUGAACCAUGAAUCGCCAUUGG